GUACGAUUUUCCCGCUUUUUUUGUUUCUUCCACGAAACACUUGCUGUUUCUCGGCCGGAGGCGACGGAGAACCGGCGAGUUUCGUGCUUCACGAGGAUUCGUGCCGACGUUGAACAUGACAUUUCCGUAAGGAACCAAAGUUUCCGAUGGAGAACCAGGGUUAUGAGGAGGAUCAAUCGCGCGCAGCAAAAGAGCAGUCCAUCCUUGAGUCUCACCGGUGCGAUCAACAGCUUUGCACGGACGUGAUUGAUGUGAUCGAUAAUCCUGUUGUCGUGAAGACUACACCACAUCUCGAAGGCAAUCUGUACGAGGACAUCACGAUUGGUGCAGAAAUUAGUACUUGCGAGUUUUCGGAGCGGACGCCUUGUCCUGACGAAUCUCGAAAUUUUUCCGAGACCGAAGAUCGCCAGUCGAGCGAUCGGACCAGACAGGCUUGGAUUAACUGUAGGCCGCCAUCCCUCUCGAUCGACAGACUCUUCCAACAAAGCUCGAUAGUAUUCCCUUCAACCAGAAUCAGUACGAAUCACGACAGCACAGCCACUUCAUCCAGGGCGAGUGAAGAUGAUCUUGAGAGAGUCUUUGAGAAAUCUCAUAAUCUUCCAGCACUUUCCCUCUCCGAGGACGUUUCAGCGAAUGUAUCCAUGUCUCUUGCGGCGAAUGAAGACUCAUCGCGAGAUGCCUCGGUGACGCAGUCCGAUCGUCGACCGAAUCGCAGACGUAGGAAGAAGGACUGUAAACAUUGCAGAAGCAAAUUAGCCGACGUGGGCUCUUGCGAGAAAUUAAACGAGUUGAUCGUUAGCAAGGACAAAUUUCUGAAAGAGAACGGAGACAAUCACCGGGAUAGGCACCCAGACGCGUCCACUCUCCUGUUCCGAGAGUCAUUUUUGAGGCCGCAGAACAUAAAGGUCUAUCCGAUCGUGAGUAGGACGAGUCUCCGGGAUAUCAGCGACAAGAGAAGUUCGGCGUCCGAGUAUGGAGUGCGUAAGACGGAGAAUGUGGCCAGGUUCCUGCUGAACACAGAGAACGAUAGAAUGGUGGGUCAAGUUGCUGAGAGUGCCCAGAACAAGGUACUGGGAGUAUCGGGAAAUGGGACUGAUAUGAGGAUUAACUCAAUAUACUCGCAGGACCGUUGGUAUAACAAGGAGUCACAAAUAUUCUAUACCGACGUCAAGGAUCAGAAUCCUUUUCAGAGGGCUUAUUCCCUGCCGGCACGGACGCACACCCCUACCUCGCAGAAUCGUGCUAAUUUACGUCGAAGUGUCAGAAACGAGCCGCCACCGCAACCGGCGCGCCUGGAUAAGCACCGUCGCGGUUGGACGUUACACCUGGCUCGUCCCCUAAAGACAUCCGGAUGCUCAAGUCCGCUUAUACCCCUGCUGAUCGUCGUGCUGAUCCUGCUGGGGGUCGCAGGGGUCGCACUGUACAUCGUCUUCGAGCCCGAGAAGCUCCAAAUUAUUCAGCAGUACCUGAAGUCGUCGACGAGUAGGUUGACGGGGCAAAACGUGACUUCCGAUGAGCUGAUCACGCCCGCGAACGACGAGUCAAAUUUGACUACUGUGACGAACGAUACGAUGACGUUAACAUCGACGAUGAACAUAGAAGAAACGUUUGCCGAGGGUAUGUUUGCCAUGAACGCCCCUAUAAGCGGCAAUCUGUCAUUUCCGGGAAGCACUUCGCAGUCAAGCGAAGGCGUGGAAACGGAAGCUGCGAGUCAGAACGUUAUUAAUGCGACGAGAUACUGCGAUGAUUGCUUCGAGGGCGAGGUGUGCGUUGCCACCUUCGGCGAAGCAGUGCCGAUAUGUAGGAGAGCCUAUGAUCGCGACGAUCCCACCGGAUGCGGUGGUCUUUGCGCCUUCGGUAGGCAGAAAUGUCAUCGUCUCGACGUGGACGCAUUCAGAUGCGAAAAGGUUGAACGUUUUUUCUGUCUGGAUGACGAAUGGACUUGCUCCAAUGUGAUGUGCAUCCCCUUGGAUAAGCGUUGCGAUGGACAUAUGAAUUGCUACGAUCAUUCGGACGAGUAUGAUUGCGUCUGCAAUCUGGAGACGCAUUUUCAGUGUGGUAAUAAGACUUCCUGCCUUCCGUUGGAGAGGAGAUGCGACAGAAAGAUAGAUUGCUGGGACGCAACUGACGAGAUUAAUUGCACGUUAGGUCAUGAUCUUGGUUGGUUUUGCUCAGAAAAAGACGAAUUUACUUGUAUCAAUGGGGAAUGUAUACAAAAAGAUCGUUUUUGCGAUGGGCUGGCGGACUGUAACGAUGGAACAGACGAACCUCAUGGAUGCCAAGGGCGAUGCAAUAAACAGGAAUUUACAUGCCAAAAUAAUAGAUGUAUUACGAAAGGAAUGAAGUGCAAUGGAUUUGACGAUUGUGGAGAUGGCUCGGAUGAGAUACACUGCAAAGAUCGGUUUAGUGUUUAUACAUGAAGGAAAACAUUGCCAAUCAGAGAGAUCAAAUACAGUAUUUUAUACAAAUAAAUGUACGUAAUGUAUAUAGCGUGUUGUAUAGAGACAGAAAAUAUAUAUAUAUAUUAAAUCACUUUAUUUAUUGAAU